AUGUCUUCCUCUGGAUCAAUAUCUUCUGAAUUAAAAGCUGUACCAGUAACCGAUGAAGUUGAAAACGUGGUGCCAUACAAAACAUGCACAAUAACUAGCGAAAACAACGAGUUUGUUAUUAUUGGUGACCACAAAUAUUUUCGUCACGAAUUAAUGCAAGCAUUUGGUGGUACAUUCAAUCCAGGUCUUGCACCUUACCCCAAACAAAGUUUCGGUAAUCCUGCUGCAAUUGGUUUAGUCUCAACAGGCAUGAAUAUUUUAAUUUUUGGAUUAUUCUUUGCUCAUGCAAUGGGUGUUCAUAUCCCCAAUGCAGGAAUUGGUUUAUGUAUGUUUAUGGGAGGAUUGGUAGAGAUAUUAGCGGGGAUUUGGGGAUUUUUCGUUGGAUCGCAAGUAGGAACUUUUGUUUUAACUGUAUUUACAUCGUAUGGUGCAUUUUGGUUAAGUUUUGGGGCUAUCUUCAUCCCUUCAUUUGGUAUUGGAAAAGCGUAUGAAGAAGACCCUGAACAAUUGAAUCAAGCUAUAGGGUUGAUGUUAAUUGGGUGGGCAAUAUUUACCACUAUGUUGCUUAUGUGUGUUGUGAAGUCCACUUUAUCGUUCUUUUGGGCUUUGUUGACAUAUGACUUGACGAUUAUCCUCUUUGCAGCAGGGUUUUUAUCAGGUAAUGACAAAGUUAAAGUGGCUGGUGGAAUUAUGGGCGUCAUCAAUGCUUUUGCUGAUUGGUUUGAAGCUUUUGCUGGGGUAGCUAACAGACAAAAUUCGUAUUUGGUUCCCAAAGAGAUUCCUUUGCCAAAUCUUGCCCUUUGGUUUAAACGUAAAAGGAAUGCCAGGAAAACAUCAAAUUGA